AUGUCGUCGUCAACACCCUCGCCAACUGUCUCUGCCACUGCUGGGGCUCCUAUAUCUCGCCGACCACCUCGCAAGAGCACUCUCACCCAACAACAAAAAAACCAGAAACGGCAAAGAGCGACACAAGAGCAACUCCUGACACUCGAAGACGAAUUCAUCAGAAACCCCACACCUACGGCCACCGUCCGGGAACGUAUCGCGCAAGAUAUCAGCAUGACCGAGAGGUCUGUCCAGAUAUGGUUUCAGAAUAGGCGUGCCAAGAUAAAGUUGCUUGCGAAGAAGAGCAUUGAAACAGGAGAGGACUGCGAUGCAAUCCCUGAAUCAAUGCGCACCUAUCUUGCCAACCAAGCCAUGGAGUCCGGCAAACCUCUCGCAAGAGAGUUUCUCGGCCGCUCCCCAAAUCAUAUGAGUGCUUACGGCAGCGGUGGAAUGCUUCUGAACCCCGACUCCGCCCAAGCCGGUAAAAUCGUCAUCCAUCACUUCACCUGCAAAUCCUUAAGUAUAGGUAGUUGGCGUCGUGUAGGGCAAAACGCCAUGGAUCUUGUCGUCUUCUAUGCCCCGGACAAAGCCUGCCUUACAUAUUACAUCAACAAUGAAGGAGCCGGCUACAAGAUCGAAUACCCCUUUGCUUACAUCAAGAACAUAAGUCUUGAAUAUGGUGACCCCGCAGAAGAGGCAAGUGGGAUGCCAACCCGACCUCGCGGACUCUUGGUGGAAUUGAAUAGGCCUCCUAACUUUUUCAUGGACUCAGCUGGUACCGGAGGCUUUCACCAAUGUGGGGACUUUACGGAAGAGCAGCAAGCUUCGUUGAUUAUGGUGCAUCACCUGGGUGGCCAUCCCAAAGUCCUCACUGGACAAUUGGCCAAAUUGGUUUCGUUGGACUCUUUCCAAAACAGACACUGUCCAUACGAUCUACAUACGAUGGCAGCAUCUGCCCCCGUUUCACCUAUGAUGGCUCCUCCUCGCCCAUCAUCACAGCCGACGGCUCAAAUGGCACAUCCACACCUCGCUAUGUUUCAGGAGAAUGGUUUCGGUAUGCCACCACCAGGGCCACGAGGUCACAAGCGUACUCGAAGUCGAUCUGUGCCUGUUGCUGUUGACUUCUCGAUGAUGCCCCCGAUGCCGUCUUUCCAUAUUCAACGUCCUUCAACCAACAUGACUGAUGCAACUCUCUACGCACCCAUCCCUCAACACCAGCAUGAUCUUAGUCCUCUUGGGCCAAAUCUACGGAUCGACACCUCCGCAGGCUAUGGUCUUGACUACCGUCAGUACCCUUUGUCCGCGGCUACAACCGGCUCGCCGUCCGAGUAUGCAAGUCCAUCGUACUACUCAUCUAGUACACACAUGGACUCCGUACCUGCUUCUAGUUUCAACCCGUCCUACAGCCUCCCUUUCCUUUCGCCUAUGCAUAGCGAGCACCCGAGCACCAUUAAUCCUUCGGUAUCACCUUUGUCAGCCUACAGUCAUGGCGACCCUGUCAUUGCCGAUGGAUCACCCCCUUUAGCCCACAUGCACCGAAGUACAUCUGCUGAUUUUCUGUCCAUCUCACAAGAUCAUCAUUCGGCAAUGUCUGACGAUGGGUAUUCGCUCAGUGAGAUGUACUCGAAGCAGAAUCUGAAUUUGCAGAUGCACUCGCCGGGCGCGAAGAUGGAUGAUUCUGACUUCGGCAUGCAAAUGCAAGAAGAGUCAUCUAGUGAGGAGCUUGACAUGCACAAUAUGGUUUCAUUCAGUCACAUGGACCAUUCAAGUCUGAGUCCUGAGAGAACCGGAUGA